AUGGGAUUGGCGAUUAUUUUUAUUUUAGUGCCAAUUUUCGCAGCUAUCAAUAAAGAGUCGCUCGAAGCCUCAGGCUGCUUAGUAUAUCAAUGCGCAGAAGAUGACUCAAACUUUUCUUUGGACCAGUGUAUUAACAGCACCUCUACAGAUGUGUAUUUAAGACCAUGUGAUAACAGCUAUACUUGUUCGGCUUCUUCAAAUUUAUGCUCUUUUACUCAGCCUACACAAUCUAUUGCAGUAUCGCAUGUGGGUGAACUUUGCAAUUAUAGUGUUGACUGCAUAAAUGGAGGUCCCUGCAAUCAAGCAGGAAUUUGUUCAGGCUCAGCAAAGGGAGAAGAUUGUGAUGAUGAUAGCACGUGCAACCCUGGGCUUUAUUGUAAUUCAGCAUCUGACACUUGCCAACCCCAGCUCUCUGCAAAUCAAUCUGGCUGCACUUCAGAUUAUGAUUGUGAAAAUGGAGCAGGAUGCAAUUCAACUACCCGUGUAGCUGGAACUUGCUAUACAUAUUUUACAUUCCCUGACUACUCACCAUAUACAUUAAAAUGGCGACAUAUUUCAGCCUGUCCUCUUUGGGACAACAGUCCAGGCCUUAUGGCGACGGAGAAUUGAGACGGAUUCCGAGCUGAGAAUCAAGUGCAGGCUCAAGAGGUGUGCAUCCGAGUAUGUUUUGGGUACUUUCCUGUAAUUGGAAAUGGAAGUGCUCAAACAACGUUCUUUGGAUCUGAGGACCCAUGGGCAUUCCUCUACCGAGAAUGGGGUUUCAGCCCAGGCCACAGGCGAGAAUCUUUUUCCUGUAGCUGCCGAAGGAAGACAAUUAGACUCAUGACAGACUCCAAGGAUCCUUGAAAUCAAGCCUCUCCAAUCGUCUGUAGCAGGGCCACAAAAAUCCAUAAGCCGCUCACUCAAGACUGAAGCCUUAAGGCAAGAAGAAGACAGAAGGUACCCGAAGGGCACUUGUAAGAGGGAUAGACCCUCUGGGCAUGAGUCGAAAAGCGGUGGAACCUCCCGUACGGGAGGUCUUGGUGACGCAGUCACCAGUAUAGCUCACGCCUGACUUUUAAAUAAUAUCCUUAACUACUCACCUCUUGCAUCUUGCACUAAUAAUAUCAAUUUGCUAUGCCAGUCAGGUGCCUGCUUUCAAAACGGAAAGCAAUACUAUUGUAUGCCUUCUUUAACUUCAAAUGGAACUCUGCCUGUUCAAUGCUCACAAUUACCAACUGACUGUGCUUCUAAUCCAGAACCAAAAUUUAACACUAUUUUUCACAAUACUUGUACUUGCGGCUUAAAUUCAGCUGGAGCAAGCUAUUGCAGCUUGUUUCCUGGGGAUCAGCCUAUGGUUGAAUAUCUAGGGCAAUUGAAAAAAUGGCUUACUUCAGAGGAGGUUUAUAUUUGCAAUACUAUGCAAAGGCUUGGCACUAAUUGUAUAAAAAACUUUUGGGACUCAACAAAUUAUGUUUAUUUUAUGUAUUUAUAUGCAAAGGUUAAUAUGUAUGCUAAAAUACAAGGAAAUGAUAAAUGUGUUCAAAAGAUGUAUACAUCUCAGUACUGGGGAUUGCAGGCUCUUUGGAACAAUCUCAAUCCUGCUAACUGGCCAACACCUCAUCAGAUAAAUGAUGAUUCAGGAAGCUAUUUUACCUUAUCAAUACUUCUAUUAGUGAUUUUCUCUUAA